AAUCUCUUAUUUGCUAACUGAUUCUUUCAUAACGCCGAGCAAUAGUUGCCUUGGAGAGCAGGACACUGUUGCAUGUUUAAAAGCCUCCAACGCCUGAGGAACCCUGGUCCGUCUGGAGACGGGGAGGUGAAACGGAGCUAAAAUUCACAUGGGUGAAAUCUUGGUCUUUCUGAGCUUCGUGACAGACCUGUCACUUGACUCUAACGAAGCUAGGGUUACCUAUUUGAGUUUUGGCUUUCCCGUGCAAGUAGCUAAAAAGCUUUUAUGAUCAGUGGGGUGGGGGGAACCAUGCCAGCCGUGCUGGCAGUAUUAUUCAUAAAGCUUCAAGCCAGGGUGAACGGGGAAGGAAAAUUCCUUGUUGUGAACUGGGUCUCAUUCUUUUCACCAAAAGAAAGUCAUGUCUAUAGGUCUUCUCUUCUCUUCUUCAGGUUUGAUGCCUAGUGGUAGAUGCAGGUGCAGUUCUAGCUCCUGGGCAGUUUCUUAGCUGGAUUUGUGGUGUGCCUAUGGAAGCCCCUAGCGGAUCGGGAUCAUGCCAUUUGCACCCGUGAGAGAUGCGUGCGGUAUACUUGCUUUGCUCUCGUUAGAAAGAAAAUUCCUAAAAUUACCCAAAUAGCUGGGGUCAAAAAAGAGGAACGCGCGUUCCAAGUAACCUCUGGAUAUUGAGCAAGGAAGGCAGCUGUUGUCCAGUGCAAUAUUGGGCAGGGCUUUGAUGCAGGAGGCCAGUCACAUGGAUGAUACAGCUGGACUGAAAUGUCGCUGAACAAGUUUGUGUGUAGUGAAAAACGAACUUUUGUUGAAAUACUUUUUUUUUUCCAUGGGCUUCUAAAUAGAAAUGGUUAUGGACACAGUUUGCUGGCUACUGAUUUUGGUAAACGUGGGAAACUCAAUAACAGUUUCAGCCCUUACUAAGCAAGAAUCUUCAGAGUUGAUUGGUUGCUGUUUGAUCAGAUUUGAUGGAUUAGGAAUAAGUGGAGAGAAAAACAGGAAAUUAUUUGAGGAGUUUUUUGUGUUUGCAAUGGCUUUUGCAUUCCAGUGCUGGCCUGACAUUUGGGAGGCUUUUCUUCCCAAACUUGCUGUGGAGAAUAAGAGGAACUGUGCGCUAAACAUGAGACCCUUCAUCUUCACAAACAGGCGGAUGUACUUGAUGGGUGUAGCUGGUCACAUGGCAUUGUUUCUGUUUUCUGUAUGACAAACUUAUGGAAAAAGGAAGCUGGCUUGAGCUAGCUACUUCAUGUUUCGGGCAUUGUCCAGGUCCAAGCAAGACUCUCACUUCCCACAGACAUCAAUCAACUCUGCCAAAUGUUUGUGGGAAGGUAGAAAUCCCUGGGCAGGCUGCAGAGACCACUGCUGCAGAGUCCUGGGGGCUUCAGUUAAAUAAAUAUGAGCUUGUGAGUUCUUGCAAUGUUAGCCCUGCUCAAAAGUAGCCUACUUAAUCCUUCUUGGGGACCUCCCAAAGUCACUCCUCUCUGAGUGCGAAGACCUGCAAUGCUCAACCUUGCCCUUGCCUGCUGAAGUACUGCUGUGGACCACAAGGUAACCUGCAAUCAAGGAUGCAAGUUUGACCUGGAAGCUCUCACCCUGGUGCUUUGUGCUAUGCCUAAGGAAGAGUUGUGGCUAGGGAUGGCUGGCCAAGAUUCUGGCAGCUGUGACAGCAUGGGCAGCACUACUUCCAACCACUCUGGAUUUAGCAAUAACAAUUACGACUAUUUAUCUGUGGAGGAAAAGGAAUGUUUGAUGUUCCUAGAAGAAACCAUUGAUUCUCUGGAUGCAGAAGCAGACAGUGGGGUCUCUACUGAUGAGACGGACUAUGCUGAGCCUUCAAAGGCAUGGUCUAAGAGAGAGGUUAUUCCAAAGGGUCCAGACAAUAGGAGUCGCAGUGAAAGUCUUGCUCAGUGGCAUGAAGUUGAGCAAAAGGGUGACCCAAGUGUGUCUGCUCUCUCAAGAUCUGCUCCAGCACUGGUUUCCAGCUCAGGCUGUUGCAACCUCCCAAGGGGUGCCGGUGUAGUGAGCGCACACACAAACAAGGCUUCUGUCUGCAAAGCCACUGACCUCAGGGUGCAGGGUCCAACGCCGACAGCUCAGGAAACGGGGAGGUCGUCUUGGAUGUUUCCCAAGAAAGAAGGGAUAAAGGACAUGUCCAGUGACCGGCCCAACUGGAGUAUCAAGAUGAAGCCGUUGGAGUCCAUAAUUAUACAACCCCCUGAACCUUUCCAGGACCCUGUAACAAUAAACAAUCAGCAAAUAGCUAGCAAGGGAUCUGGUAACAGCAGCAAAGAUCCGUCCUGCGAGUCUGAGGCCAAGAUGGAAUAUGUGGAGGCCGACAGGAAUCGGCCUCGGGCUGUAUCUCAGCGUCCUGCCGCGGAAGAGGCAGAGUUGCCGCAGAAAGAAGUAGCUAUUCCAAACCCAGUGGCACCUAAGCAUUGUGAGAUGGGUCUGCAAAGAGACGCUAUCCCUCCAGGCAGCCCAGACAAUUCAGCAACUGAAGAGGCUGCCCUGGAUUCAGACCUCAAGCGUGGGCCUCCCACAGCCCCCAAACCAAGGAAACUGCCCCCAAAUAUUAUCCUUAAAACCAGCAAAAACUAUCCAGUGCCCCUCAUCAUAGACCCCAGCCACAGGAUAAAAGCACCUUCUCAACCACCAGCCAGCCACAAACCCAGCGCUGCCGCAGCCAGCGACACCUCGGGGCAUCUUGACCCUAAAGAACAGGAGAGAGCCAGGCGGGAGGCUUUGGAGAAGCUGGGACUGCCACAGGAUAAAGGAAGGGCACCUGAUGCCCAUGUUAAACCUGCCACUUCUCCCAAACCAAAGGAGGCCUCUUUCUUCAUUCCUAGGGCAGCUGAUAGAAAUGACAUAGCCAGCAAUAAAGAAGUCAACUUCAUUGCUAACAAAAGCCAACCCCAUGACCCAAGCUUCAGCGGACCAGAGAAGGUUGCUCCAGGCCUGAGGCAGAUGCACUUCAAAUCCAACACCUUGGAGCGCUCUGGCGUGGGUCUGAGCAGCUACAUCUCCAGCAGCAAGGACCAAAACGUUAAGAACAGCAGCUCGCUGGGCAAAACGUCCUUUAUCGACAAGAUCACGCCCAGCUUUCUCAAAAACAGCCGCCCACGCCCGGCUUCGCUGGGCAUGGGGAAAGACUUUGGCCACCUCCAGGAGCACCAAGUCGGCAAGGCGGAGCUGUCAAAAAGCGACAAGCGACGAUCUGACUCGCUGCAGAACUACUCCAAGCUGGCCCGACCUCCUUGCAUCAGCGUCAAGAUUGCCCCAAAGGGCGCCACGGAAGAGCACAGGAGGGAGGCUCUGAAAAAGCUUGGCCUGCUGAAGGAGUAGCCCUGUACUUCGCCCUCAGUGCGGUCACAGCCCUGCUGUCACGUCGCACGCCAAAACUUCGCUGUCUUUGCAGAUGCUUUAUUUAAUGCAACAGGACAGACUCCAUGGGUGGCAAAGUCUGGGAGCGCUCGAUAGAUCAUCUCCGAACACUUUAAAUUGAGAGCAUGAGAAGGAGCAUGUUUAGCCACUGCUUCCCUUCCCGUGGUCUCGGGAGGGCAGCCUGAACCAGCCCGGCCACUAGAAUUGCUGAAGCUUCCUACCAAAUCACGUGACAUGGCAUGUACAUAACCGUGUAUGUAGUGUGUGUGUGUAUAUAUAUGCAAACUAUUUAUAUGUGACAGGAACAAGUGAGCGGAUGGGAGUAAUCUCCUACAGGUUUUUAUUGCACUGACUGACUUGUGUCACUGUGGGAAACCCUGGGCUCUGGCUGCACGGAGAAGUGGUAGCUCACCACAGGCUGUGUGGGGCUAAAACUCCAGUAUUGACUUUUGGGCUCCAAUGGAUGCAUGCAGCCAGCGAGGGAUACACAUGCACCUGCCAGGGCAGUCAGUGCACCCAAUAUUUUAAGCAGGGUAAACUCAGGGUGGGAGAGGUAGGGUAUGGGCGAGAAGGGAGCACGCUUGCUAGUGCUCAGACCUUGUUGAGGCAUCCGAAUCAGAAGUGCUGGCCCGCACAAAGGGCAGGUUGGAGCAGCAGAUGAUGACUUGUUCACUCUAGUAUACUUUCAUCUUGUGUCUGGCAUUUCUCAUACCCAGGUGCAUGAACUCCUGCUGAUGCCUUCUGUUAAUUUUUACAUUACACGCAUUUUACAAGAAGGAGGUGUUUUGAAUGUCUACAAUAAACUAUUUUAUAUGGCCAGAUAA